AUGUCUUACUCAUCUCUCUCUUGGUUAACCCACCUCAAUGUCAGUGAAACCCCAGACAAGGUUUUACGUCGUUCCUCCAUUAUUGGUACCAUCGGUCCAAAGACUAACAACGUUGAUGUUCUUAUUAAGUUGAGAAAGGCUGGUUUAAACAUUGUUCGUAUGAACUUUUCCCACGGUUCUUACGAAUACCAUCAAUCUGUCAUUGACAAUGCCAGAAAGUCCGAAGAAGUAUACCCAGGUCGUCCUUUGGCUAUUGCCUUAGACACCAAGGGUCCAGAAAUUAGAACCGGUACCACUGUAGGUGAAAUCGAUUACGAAAUCGCUGCCGGCCACGAAAUGACCUUCACCACUGAUGCUGAAUUCGCCAAGAAGUGUGACGACAAGGUGAUGUUCCUUGACUACGCCAACAUUACCAAGGUUAUCUCUGAAGGUAAGAUCAUCUACGUUGAUGACGGUGUUCUUUCCUUUGAAGUUGUCCAAGUUGUUGAUGACAAGACCUUAAAAGUCAGAUCUGUCAACUCCGGUAAGAUCUCUUCCCACAAGGGUGUUAACUUACCAGGUACCGAUGUCGAUUUACCAGCUCUUUCUGAAAAGGAUAAGGCUGAUAUCAGAUUCGGUGUCAAGAACGGUGUCCACAUGAUCUUUGCUUCCUUCAUCAGAACUGGUGACGAUAUCAAGGAAAUCAGAAAGGUUUUAGGUGAAGACGGUAAGGAUAUUCAAAUCAUUGCCAAGAUUGAAAACCAACAAGGUGUUAACAACUUUGACGAAAUCUUGGAACAAACCGACGGUGUUAUGGUUGCCAGAGGUGAUUUAGGUAUUGAAAUUCCAGCUCCUCAAGUCUUCGUUGUUCAAAAGCAAUUGAUCGCCAAGUGUAACUUAGCUGCUAAGCCAGUUAUCUGUGCCACCCAAAUGUUGGAAUCAAUGACUUACAACCCAAGACCAACCAGAGCCGAAGUUUCCGAUGUUGGUAACGCUAUUUUAGAUGGUGCUGAUUGUAUUAUGUUGUCUGGUGAAACCGCCAAGGGUAACUAUCCAUUUGAAGCCGUCUCCAUGAUGCACAACACUGCCAUUAUCGCAGAAAAGGCCAUUGCUUACCAGCCAUUACAUAACGAAAUCAGAGCUUUAGCCAAGAGACCAACACCAACCACUGAAACCUGUUCCAUGGCUGCCGUUUCUGCUGCUUACGAACAAGGUGCCAAGGCUAUCGUUGUCUUAUCCACAUCUGGUUUAACUUCAAGAUUAGUUUCCAAGUACAAGCCAGAUGUUCCAAUCAUGAUGGUUACCAGAAACGAAAGAGCCGCUAGGUAUUGUCACUUGUACAGAGGUGUAUACCCAUUCGUGUAUCCAAAGGACAAGGUUGAAAACUGGCAAGAAGAUGUUGAAAACAGAUUAAGAUGGGCUGUAUCUGAAGCUAUAGAAUUAGGAAUUAUUUCUAAAGGUGAUUCCAUCGUGACUAUCCAAGGCUGGACCAGAGGUUCUGGUCACUCCAACACUGUUAGAGUUGUUCAAGCUUAA